AUGGUGGCCACCACCUUAGCCCAGGACGACUCCCCGUUCUUUUCCCUCCUGCCACCGGAGAUUCGGGAGUUGAUCUACCAGGACAUCUGGAGCGAGAGUGGUUCAAGGCAACACAUAUACAAGGACAACGACAAGUGGUCUCAUGUUCCCUGCGUGGCAGACUACUCCACUGGAGAUACUCGUUUUGAGAAGUUCACCCAGAGCGCCAGAGGAUCGCAGGAGGAGUACUACUGGGUGAAGCGGUUGAAGUCGGAAUGGUGUUAUCACUGGUGCUGCGAGCAGUCGACAGCCAAAUGGCACAGGGCCCAAAACCCCAACGACUCGUGGAGGGAGGAGAAUGUCGGACAUGCCGGGCCCAGUGGCUUCAUGAACCCCAUGCUGGUGUGUAAGAGGAUGUACCGCGAAGCCCUCCCCUCCCUCGUCGCCAACACCACCUUCGUCUUCACCGACCUCCUCGAAGCACACGGAUGGCUCUCCCUCUACGGCGGCAACCCCGAAAAGCUCCCCAUCCGCUCCCUUGAAAUCUGCAUCCUCACCACCCAGCUCAUGACCGAGCUCUACUUCCCAACCUCGGAAGAAAACGAAGGCCCCAACCCUGCCUUUGGCCACGGCAACAGCAGCAACGGUCGCAGCGAGGACUCCCACCCCGGCAUCACGAUGCACUCCAACCCCUGGCAGCGCGUCUGCGACCAGCUCGCCCUCUUGCCCAACCUGCACAGCCUCCACAUCUGGUUUCACACGAGGGACCUCCGGGACUGGCACAAGCGCAUGAGCGAAACCCGCUUCUUUGCCAAGCUCUUCAACGUCAAGGUCAAGGACAGGAACCAGUUUGUCUUGGCCCUCCCGGACCUGCCCCUCAAGCCAAAGCGUGGACUGCCCAGCCACCACUUUUUUGAGAACGAGACCCUGGAGGGGGCACCGUUUGUGGUUGAGAGGGGACCGAGACCGAAUAAUUGGCGAGUGCAUCUGAUGGCUUCGGGGUUGAGGGGCCCAUGA